UUCACGUAAUUUUCUUGAAUUCAGAAAUGGAUAACUAUCUUAAUUCCCUCCAUUGUCCUGUCUCCAAGAAGAAAAAUGCCUUGCCAAUUGAUACCCCCUUCAAGCUUCCAUCUCCUCUGCCUCCUUGGCCACCAGGUCAAGGAUUUGCAAGUGGAAGCAUGGAUCUAGGUGGUGGAUUGCAAGUAUGUCAGAUAUCUACAUUCAACAAAGUUUGGGCAACCUAUGAAGGCGGCCCAGACAAUCUUGGAGCCACCUUCUUUGAACCUUCAGCUUUGCCUCAAGGAUUCUGUAUGCUGGGCUGCUAUGCUCAAUCCAACAACACACAACUCUGCGGUUGGCUUCUUGCUGCUCAAAUAAACACUGAUGCUCUCACCAUGCCAAUCGAUUACACUCUUGUUUGGACCAGUGAAACUCUCAAAAUCAAGCAAGACGGUUUUGGCUACUUCUGGCUACCUUUGCCACCCGAUGGUUACAAGCCUGUUGGAUUCCUCGUUACAAACUCAUCUGACAAGCCUCCUCCAGAAAAAAUUCGCUGUGUUCGAUCUGAUCUUACCGACAACUGCGAGAUUGAUUCAUGGAUUUGGGGAGCAGGGGAUGACAAGAGUGGAUUAGGUGUCUACGACUUGAGGCCGAGCAACAGAGGAGUCCAGGCUAUGGGAGUGAGUGUUGGAAGUUUUCUGGUCAAACCCCCAGGUGCCAACAAUACCGCUGUGUCUCUUUCCUGUCUGAAGAAUACGAGCUCCAAUCCAGUAUCUUGCAUGCCCAACAUCACCCAAAUUCAAUCAAUCUUCAACUCCUACUCUCCUUGGAUUUAUUUCCAUCCUGAAGAAAAAUAUCUUCCAUCCUCUGUCAACUGGUUUUUUACCAACGGGGCACUCUUGUACGAGAAAGGACAAGAGUCCCAACCCGUAUUAAUUGAACCAAAUGGCUCCAACCUUCCCCAAGGUGGCUCCAACGACGGGAACUACUGGUUGGACCUUCCGGUUGAUGAAAACGCCAAAGAAAGAGUCAAGGAGGGAGAUUUACAGAGCUGCCAAGUGUAUUUGCACGUCAAGCCAAUGCUAGGAGCCACCUUUACUGACAUAGCAAUAUGGGUUUUCUUUCCUUUCAACGGACCCGCGAGGGCUAAAGUUGAAUUCAUCAAUAUCUCUCUGGGAAAGAUCGGUGAACAUGUGGGUGAUUGGGAGCACGUGACGUUGCGAGUGAGCAACCUCAACGCUCAGCUCUAUGGGGUCUACCUGUCACAGCACAGCAGAGGCAGAUGGGUGAAGGCUUCGGAGCUCGAGUUUGAAGGUGGUAACAAACCUGUGGUGUAUGCGUCCUUGCAUGGCCACGCCAUGUAUCCCAGGGCAGGUCUUGUUUUGCAAGGAAGAAAGGGGAUAGGAAUCAGAAAUGACACGGGGAAGAGCCAGAUGGUAAUAGACGCUGGAGCAAACUCCUACAUAGUUGCAGCAGAGUAUAUGGGCAGCGCCGGCAUGGAUGAACCACCGUGGCUUAACUAUUUCAGGAAGUGGGGUCCAAGGAUUGACUAUGAUAUCGAGGAGAUGGUAAGGAAGGUGGCAAAAGUAUUGCCUGGAACCCUCAAAUCUUCAUUUAAGAACUUCAUUAACAGUCUCCCUAGGGAACUAUUGGGAGAGGAAGGUCCUACAGGUCCUAAAAUGAAACACAACUGGACUGCAGAUGAAGAUUAGUAUCUAUUUUAUUUGAAAUGUCUUCUGACAUUACCCUUUUUCCUUUCAAAUGUUUGUAAAGCCAACAAUUGUUUGUGGUAAAUUAAUAUCUACUUUAUUUGAAAUGUUUUUUUUUU